GUACGUACUCUCUCUCUCUCUCUCUCUCUCUCUCUCUCACAAACUCAGAAAUAUAUCAGUACUCUCUCUCUCUCUCUCUCUCUCUCCCCAUGGCAGAGAAAGAGCACAGACCUCUAGCCCCGGCCUCUAUCCGCCCUAGCAGCGACGACGAAGAAGCCGCUUUAUACCUAAAGAAAAUCCACAAUAAGAAAUACAUCAAGUGCUGCGGAUGCAUAUUAGCUCUCCUACUCAUCCAUAUAAUAGUCGUCGUGAUCUUGAUCUUCACCGUGUUCAAAGUCAAAGACCCGAUCAUAACGAUGAACAGCGUUACCGUUGACAAGCUCGAGCUGAUCAACGGCACGACCAUUCCCAAAUCAGGGUCCAACAUGACCCUGACGGUUGAUGUAUCGGUCAAAAAUCCUAAUGUCGCAUCCUUCAAAUAUCCUAACACGACGACCACAAUCUAUUACCAUGGUACGGUGAUAGGAGAGGCGCGUGGCCCGCCGGGCCAUAGUAAGGCCCGACGGACCGUGAGAAUGAACAUGACAGUGGAUAUCAUCAUUGGUACGCUCAUUUCUAAUCCUAAUCUGCCGAGUGAUGCCGCGAGUGGGAUUUUGGCAAUGAGCAGCUUUACAAGAGUUGGUGGGAGGGUGAAGAUGUUGAGCAUAAUCAAGAAACAUGUUGUCGUGAAGAUGAAUUGCACCAUGUCUAUCAAUAUCACAAGCCGGGCUAUUCAAGAUCAGAAGUGCAAAAGGAAGGUCAAGCUAUAGGCCCUUAAGGCAGGGUUUUAAACAUACGUCGUUACGUGUCGUAUCAAUCGUAACGGAAUUUUGGACCUUCCGAUACCGUUAUUUACCUUUGUAAGAGCCAAUACAUGGCCGUAUUACCGACGCUACGUUUCCCGAUACUGCCUUAAGGUUAAUUUGUUGGCUUUUUAUUAGUGUGGUAUAGAAAUCAGGAGCAGGAGUUGUACUACAUAUACAGAAUUAAACCACAAAAAGUAUCCAGAUCAAACUAAAGUGUCCGGACGAGAUUUACUUUGGAUCUUGCCCACAAUAUUACGAGGUUGAAGACACUCCACAUUUAUUUUCUAGAUUAUUUGAUGUGGUUUCGUUCUGAGAAUACAUAUGAACUUAUCGUAGAUGAAGUAUUGAAUAUAUACAUAAAUAAAGAUUUGAGUUAACUUA